AAAGAGGCGUUGCAUUUUUCGAGAUUGGAGUGUAUAUCGCGUGCUUUUGUUUACAUUUUUUUUAUAACCGAUCCAUGCGAUACGAUACGAUACCAUAACAGUCUCUUUGAGAAAUAUUUUCUAAAUAACUUCUACUGAAAUUAGUGUGAUAUUUGCUACUUUAAAUCAAUGACAACGCUAAAGCUUAUAUUGGAAAACAUUGAGGAACAUCCGAGAUGCGAACAUGGGCCAACAAUUCUUUUCCAUCGAACUGAUGAAAAAGGCAACACUUUGGAAAAAUACUACAGCUGUUCGGCGAGCCGCAGUGGAAAAUGUUCCAUUAAAAUAGCUGUCAACAGUUCAUCAGUCAGAUCACAAGCAAAAAGUGAUCCAAUCAAACAACCGGGAACAUUUAAAAAAUAUGAAGAGAUUCGGAAAGCGGAACCAGAAGCGAAGUUUUUCUGUUUUAAUUGUCAGGCCCUUUCUCUAAAGAGUGACUUGGACAACCAUAGCGGCCACACCGUAAGAACCAAUUUAAAAAAGACUGAUAUUUUGCAACCCACCCAGUUCCUGACUCCAUUGAGUGAAAAUGGGGAUGAAGCUCAGUAUUUUUUCUCUGAAAAAACACUUGAGUGUUUCGUAAAACUUUUCAAUGAGCUUGGCAUAACGAAAGUAAUUUGCAUGGGUGCGCCAAGACUGCAUGAACACUUGCUGACUAAAACAAAUACAGAUUCGUUGAUGCUAGACAUUGAUAAAAGAUUUUAUUAUUUCUACGAUUGUAACAAGUUUUUACGAUACAACAUGUUCAACAACUACUUCUUCGACGGAUUCGAAGCUAAAGAAACAUUUCUUGGCUUUUUACGAAAUUCUGGCUUAAUCGAUAAAAUUUGUAUCUUCACUGACCCACCGUUCGGUUGCCGUACUGAACUACUAGCACGUUCAAUAAACGAAAUCAACCGAAUGUACAAUAAAACAAAUUGUGUUACACAACAUGUUCUACCAACAUUUUGGAUUUUUCCUUACUUUAUGGAGAACUACGUCCGAACGGAAAUGCCUUCUAUGGAAAUGAUAGACUACCACGUAGAGUACACGAAUCAUGGUACUUAUCAUAAUAAAGAAAAAGGACUAAAGCAUGGAUCACCGGUUCGAUUUUUUACAAACAUUUUGCAAGAAUUGAUACGUUUACCGAAAGACCAGGGUUAUGUUUACUGCAAACAAUGUCGAAGGAGCGUUCACAAAACCAACAAGCACUGCAAAAUAUGUAACAGCUGUACUUCUAAAAAUGGAUCCACGUAUAAACACUGUACCAAAUGCAAUUGGUGCGUAAAACCGAACUACAUCCACUGUCAGAAAUGCGGCCGCUGUACGCAACGCCAGGAUCAUGAAUGUAAUAUUUACAGCGCACAAUUGUCAUGUCGAAUUUGUAGCAAAAAGGGUCAUACCGAACGAAAAUGCAGCUUUUGGAAGCUUCACAAUGUAAAAAUUCACAAUGGAGGUUGUUUAGUGUGCGGAAGUAGCAAGCAUACCUUGUGUGAAUGUAGCAAAAGAAAACAAAUACUGAAAGAAUUUUGUUUUCUAGGCAAAAUUUAUAAUGAGAUGAACGACGGCGUUAGUCAAACUAUGAUUUAGAUGCAAUAAAAAUGA